GCGCCAGAGAUCCGAGUCAGUUGACUGCCGGCAGUGCUCUCGAUCAAACGCAUAAUUGUUAUUAUACAUGAGUGAAAAGUUUUUAAAUUAAGUACCCGCCAUCACUUUGCUUUCCAAAACAAUACAUUAUUCGGAGAGAUAAUUUACCUUAUAUGGUCAUGUGUUAGUGAAAAUUUAUGUGUUUAAAAUUCUCUUAAUAACACGCCAGUCCAGUUUCUCAGCUGACUCAAUUUACGUUUCCCAGAAUAUAUAUAUAUUAUACAUUUUAGCUGAUGGUCUAACUUUCAUCCUCAGAACAGUCAAAGUUUGGACGUCCACAUAUUAAGAUGGUCAAAGUAUCUGUUUGCUUUCUCAUACAAGGAUUUCUACUGUCGCUGUCAUUUGGGCAUGUUCAGUUACAGUUUUACAAUAAAUUUUGUGACGCCAAUGAGUACUGUACCCACCUUCAAUCAUGCGAUCCCUUGAAAUACUUUAUGCAAUCGGAGGAUAUAGGUUGGGCCAAAGCAGCAAUAUUGAGGGACAAACAUUGUGGUUAUGAAAGAUACUGCUGCCGAAAGAAAGCCUAUGUAAGACCCAAUGAAAAAUGCACCAUGCUCAAUGAGUGUGCCCAGUUUCAAGGCCGGACGUGGACGAUUAAUAUUCUGAAAUCAAUAAUAAAUAAAAUAUGUUAUAUCAAUUCCGGACAGAAAUCUGUAGGAAAAAGGAUCUACGUAUACUGUCAAAGGCAAGAGAUGUAUAAUCCUUGCCAAUUCGAUGAGAUAUGUAAAAGUCAAUAUAGCUGCCCUUCUUUGUGGCAUAUUCGGGGAACACAAAAAUGGAAAAAAAUAUUAGCGAGCAGGCAAUGCGGCACUCAUGCUUACUGCUGUCCAAGGCAGGAAUUUCCAGAUUGUCCAGCCGAUGAAAAAUGCACCCGACGGGACAAGUGUCUUCGCAUCCAUAAUACUACGUUGGAAGAUGGGGCCCAUUUACUGGUUGACAGACAGUGUGCCGUCGAUACCAGAGCAGCAGCUUUGGAUAGGCGGCACUACACCUGCUGCCCGGAACCAGGUAACGUUCUACCAAAGUCCUGUGGACAGGCUCCGGCUUCCUACCGAAUGGCAUAUGGCACAGUGGCGAGGCCCAAUGUAUAUCCUUGGAUGGCCAUGCUUAUGUACGAGAAUCGCAGACUGGCGACCUUGACCAACAACUGUAGUGGCUCCCUGAUCAACAAACGCUACGUCCUGACCGCCGCGCACUGUGUGGUCAAGCCUAUUAGUGUGCACCCAGACUUGGUGCUCAGGCGAGUGCGGCUGGGCGAGCAUGACAUCACCACCAAUCCAGACUGCGACUUUAGAGGAAACUGCGCCGCCCCCUUUGUGGAGAUCGGCAUCGAGUAUUUCAAUGUCCAUGAAAAAUUUUCCAACACCUCGAGCUUAGAAAGCGAUAUCGCCUUGGUGCGUCUUCAAACGCCAGUUCGAUAUACCCGAGAAAUUCAACCGAUUUGUGUGCCGAGAGAUCCCAUCCCCUUGCAUAAAUCCGGAUUGGAAAUCGCCGGUUGGGGGGCCAUGACCCACGGAAUAUAUAGUCAGGUGUUGUUGCGCAACACCGUUUUUGAAAACAAGUAUUACUGCCAAAACAUGAUGCCGUUCUUCCACAAUGAAUCACAAAUCUGUGCUGUUGGCCCCAAUGGAGAAGACUCCUGUGAGGGCGAUUCCGGAGGUCCCUUGAUGAUAACCCUUAAUAUUCAAUACCAGGAGCACGUAUAUCUGGCCGGUAUCAUUUCAUAUGGAAGUGAGAAUUGUGGAGAUAAAAAACCAGGUGUUUACACAAAGACUGGAGCAUUUUUCUCAUGGAUAAGGGCAAAUUUGAAGCCUUGACGGAAACUCGAAAGAUAAAUGUUUAUAAAAUGUAGACAAGUGUAUGGAAAAUUCAAACAAGGAAACAGUAAUCUCAAAUAUGCACAUAUGUAUUUUAUUUAAUUUAUUUAAUUAACA